AUGGUGCGCAUCUCAGUCCGGCAACAGCUGUCUCUGCUCCUCGUCCUGUCGGGUGCCAUUGGACUGGCCGUACUCGCCAUCGCCGUCUGGGUCACGAAUCAUGACUUUGUCAUCAAUAUCUCCGCCUCUCGCGUCGAACUCACCGCAUCGCUCAAAGCCGCCCAGGUAGCCUUCAACCUGGAGCUGAUGCAAACAGCCGCGACCUUUAUCACCACCAGGGCCAUUGUACGCGCAGCCCUCGCAAACUAUGACAAUGGUUCCAACACUGCUCCAGACGCCUUUAGUACCGCGCAGGCUGACUUGGAAGCCACACUUGGCAAUGUGGGACCUCUGCACAAUGCCCUGGUACUGCAGGCGCAAGUCUUCUCGCGAAACACCUCUGGUCCAUACGGCUCUGACAGCGUACUGAAUGCCACGGGUGCUGGCGUAGAGCAGAUUGUCUUACCAUGGGUCAACUCCGAUGGAUCUCCUGUAACGCUUGGCGGCAACGGAACCAUGAGUUAUCCACCAGCACUGUACCCAAAUCUCACCAUUUCAGAUCCUCCAGAUGGGCCACCGAUGGCCACCUUCAACGGUGUCACCUUGGACUCGAAUUCUACAAUGGUUCUCGGGCCGUUGUUCAUCAGCGAGACGUUGUCUUUGCUUUCCUUGACAUUACCGAUGAUGAACGAUACCACCAACAGCGACGAUAUACUCGGCUGGGUGACUGUUGUCACGGAUGCAAGGCUCAUACAGAAGGUCAUACAAGACCAACGUGGUCUUGGACAGUCUGGGCAGACUUUGCUGCUGGGUCCUCUGAACAAUACCAAUCAAUUCCGGCCUGGCAUCCUUGGGACCACUACUUCUGAGGAAACGGACAUCCAAUACUUGCUCCCUCUUAACACGACCGCAAAAAGUCGACAUGCAAACCACGUGAUCGGGACUGCUAACCCUCCCUUCCCCGCGAGUGACUACCCUGCGGUGGCAAGGGCGAUGGAGGAGAAUGUGCGAGGUGUGGAUGAUGUCGGAAGCAUGAUGAGGACUCACAAUGAGAUGGGAAAACAUGUGUCUGUGGGGUAUUCGAUACCUCCAACAGCUCUGGUCGAUUGGAUCGUUGUGGUUGAGCAGUCACGGGACGAGGUUUGGAAGCCAAUCAAUCGUCUGAGGACCAUCAUACUGUCCUGUCUUUUCGGCGUAGUCGGCUUCAUGUUGAUCGUCAGCUUUCCAAUCGCGCAUUGGGCAGUGCUACCAAUUCUUCGGCUUCGGGCUGCCACCACUGAGAGCGUUGAACCUCCUACCACGAGCGGAAGCAGCGGCAGUACUAACACUUUGGGAUACUUCUCCAAACAAUGCGCGCAGUCACCAAAUGAAUGCCCGAUCAAACAACAAGGAGGCUUUUUCGGAUCCAUGAAGAGCUUCCAGAUGAUGGGUAUCAGACGCUACUAUCAAAAACACAUCGCUACUCACGUGGAGAAACGAGAAGGCGCGGAACGACAAUUCCGCAUCCCAGGUAAGGUCAAGAUGCCGAAGCACUGGGUUAAAGAUGAGACCUAUGAUCUGAUCAAGACAUUCAACGAGAUGUCUGAUGAGCUAUUUGGCAUGUUCACUCAACUUGACGAUCGGGUCCGUCAACGUACGCUAGAGCUGGAGCAGAGCAAGAAAGCCGCUGAAGCCGCGAACGAGAGCAAGACAAUGUUCGUUGCGAAUGUAUCACAUGAGCUCAAGACGCCUCUUAAUGGCAUCCUCGGCAUGUGCGCGGUAUCGAUGGAAGAGGACGAUCCAUCAAAGUUACGGCGUUCUUUUGGGAUUAUCUACAAGAGUGGUGAUUUACUACUGCGUACACUCAACGAUCUGCUCACGUUCAGCACUAAUCAGGUUGGCCAUCAAGUUCUCACCCUGGAUGAAAAGGAGUUCACUCUGCGAGAUCUGGAGACUCAAGUACUUGCGAUUUUCAGCGAUCAAGCUAGAGACAAGAAGAUCGCACUCUCUGUGCACAUCGAUGAGCCACCUGGAGAUCCGUUCGGAAUGUCGGCCAAGCUCAGGGAGGUGAUGUUAUGGGGUGACAUCCACAGGAUUCUGCAAGUCAUUAUCAAUUUGACAUCAAACGCGCUCAAGUUCACUCCAGCUGAUGGUUCAGUGACUGUGGUCGUUCGUUGCCUUACGGAGACACCUACCAGAAAGCCGUCUACGAAGCAAGACUCAUCCACAAGUCUGACGCAAAGGAAGAGGGAAUCUAUACAUUUCGAUGCCGAGACAAAGGGUACUGCUUGCUUCAUUAAUCCUAGGGAGCAGGCCCAAGUGCAGGAGAAGACUGCUGCACCGCCUGGCAAAGACAUUGUGAUUGAGUUUGAAGUGAGGGAUACAGGUCCCGGUAUCGAAGAGGCGUCUCAAGCACGCAUCUUCGAGCCAUUCGUACAAGGCGAUGUCGGUCUGAGUCGGAAGCACAGUGGUACCGGGCUGGGGCUGAGCAUAUGUUCGCAGCUGGCCAAGCUGAUGCGCGGAAGCAUCGGAUUGACGAGUACCCUCGGCGAGGGAAGCACAUUCAAUAUGAGGAUCCCACUCCGACAGAUCAUGCGCACAGGAUCUCCGAGAACAUCUACCUCAGCCGGUGGCUCGCGGAGACAGUCCAUCGCCAUUUCUGAGCCGAUCACGGGGCAGUCCACGAACCGCAGUCUGAAUGGCACACCUCUACCGCCUGCGCCACUCGUCACCGACCUUGGCGGCACAAGAGCUCAAUGGGACCACAAGAAGCCAGAAGUAAUACCAAGCCCCACGGUGCCAAAGUCAUCUCAAACGCCAUUGAAGCAAGCAGUCCAAGGCGCAGCGAAAGCCGCCAAAGCCAAGAAAGACCCCAAAGCCGGUCCAGACUUCAGCAAAGUCCGUGUCCUUGUCGCAGAGGAUAACAAGGUCAACCAAGAAGUCAUCAUGCGCAUGCUCAAACUGGAGCAAAUCACCGAGGUCACCAUCGCUGAAGAUGGUCAAGUUGCGCUCGACCUCGUCAAGUCCAAGUCCGCACCACCUUGUCUGGAGGGUGACGAAAGUCAUGUACACCCCUACGACAUCAUCUUCAUGGAUGUCCAGAUGCCAAAUAUGGAUGGUCUGACGAGCACGAAGCUGAUUCGAGAAUGUGGCUUCAAGAAACCUAUCGUGGCACUCACUGCAUUCGCCGAGCAGAGCAAUAUUGAUGAAUGCUAUGGUGCUGGGAUGGACUACUUCCUGGCGAAACCGAUCAAGAGGCCGCAGCUGAAGAAGGUAUUGACGGAUCAUUGUACUCCUACGCCAUUGCCGGAACAGCCACCAGCGGUGAUUGGUGCUGAUGGUGCUGGCAUGGCGUCUGGUGAUGCCACGAAGGAGAAUAAUGCACCUCCGUCAACGAGUCCAAAGAAGGAUGUGACGAUCGCUACGCCUGGUGAGCAAGAGGGUACGGUGUCGUGA